GGUCAACAAAACCCUAACUAUAUAAUGAUAGUAACUGCUUUCCCAGUUUCUCUUUGAAAGCCAGAGUUGCUGGAGGCUGAAGCUCAGUCAAAGUGCUGUCUUAAAACCCUAGUUUUCGAGCUCUCUUUCAGUUUUCCGGAAUCCAUGUCAAGGAGAAAGGUUAGGGAGCCCAAGGAGGAGAAUACUAACCUUGGACCUGCUGUUCGAGAGGGUGAGCAUGUUUUUGGGGUGGCUCACAUUUUUGCUUCAUUCAAUGACACAUUUAUUCACGUGACUGAUUUGUCUGGAAGGGAAACAAUGGUUCGAAUCACUGGUGGUAUGAAGGUGAAAGCUGAUAGGGAUGAGUCUUCCCCUUAUGCGGCCAUGCUUGCGGCACAAGAUGUUUCUCAACGCUGCAAGGAGUUGGGUAUUACUGCCCUUCAUAUAAAGCUCCGAGCUACUGGAGGAAACAAGACGAAGACCCCUGGUCCUGGUGCUCAGUCAGCACUUAGAGCCCUUGCUCGUUCAGGCAUGAAAAUUGGUCGAAUAGAGGAUGUUACUCCCAUUCCCACUGAUAGUACCCGUAGAAAGGGUGGCAGACGUGGAAGAAGGCUCUGAUUCUUUGCUUUAUAUCAAUUACUCACUCAGCUACUACUGCUGUGGUGCUUGGAGUUUUCUUUGUUAAACAGUUUUCUUUACAUUCAAGUGUGUUUUGCUCGGUUCUCUUGCUGCACAUUUAGUUUUUGGAAUGGAUUUUAGAUCUUUUAUCUAGACAGGAAAAAGUUGUGGAACUAUUUAAUGCAGCUUCAAAGUUAAGCUUUUAUAUUAUUGAGGUUUUUAUAAA